AUGGGGGGCAACUCUAGUAAAACAGCAUGUGAGGCCAAUGGGUCCCAGCUGUGCUCUAAGGUCGCGCACGCAACCAUGUGUGUGAGCAUGGGCGGCGACUUCCAGUGCGCAUGUACAAGUGGAUACGUGCCAACAGGGAAAAACGCCGCAGCCACAUGUGUAGAUAUAGACGAGUGUGAAACCGGUCUGCACACAUGUGACAAGAAAAUCAAGAAUUCGGUUUGUCGGAACACUGAUGGAAGCUAUGAAUGCGUCUGUGACAUGUACCGAGAGUUGAGUGGAAACUCAUGUGAAGACAUUAACGAGUGUCUCCAAAACAGGGGAGGCUGCGGCAACAACAGUGAAUGCGUAAAUCAAAUUGGGGCCCCUGCUCUUUGUAAAUGCUGGAGCGGAUACACCGGCAACAAUGACCAGCCUGGAACGGACUGCAAAGAUAUUGACGAGUGUGAGCUGAUGCCGUGUUCUGCAAACGCGACAUGUAUCAACACUCCCGGAUCCUACAGGUGCCAGUGUAACACUGGUUUUACUGAGGCUGGCGACAAUCAGUGCGAGGCGAUUGACUACUGCGGAACCGGUCAAAGCAGAUGUGACCCUUACUUUGCCGACUGCGUUCAAUCCAGUGGCGCAUACACGUGCAAAUGCAAGGAGUUUUUCACGGGCACAGGAACGGUCAACAACUGUAUACCGAUUUCAGGGUAUGAGGACCUCGCCUGCCAACUGCUAGGAGUCACGUGUACCUCCUACCAGCAGUGCGAAAAAGACAAUCUGGGUUCUUACUCCUGCAAAGAAAAAUCAACCUUGAAGCAGUUGUCGACCUUCUUCUCCGAAGGGGCAAGCUCAGACACCCCAAUAUGGGUGUGGCUCACGGUUGCUACCGGCGCCUUCGUCCUCUUCCUUCUUCUCUUUAUUCUGACAAGUGAGCAGGUAGCCCGACACUUCAGGAAAAAGAGUCGAGAUGAGCCAGAGACAACAGUUUACGCCAACUACGGUCAAGGCGGGUACGGAUAUGGAGGCGUGGACUACUACGGGUAA